UCAAGACAGAGAGAGUUAGAGGUGUUAGAGAAGGAAAACAUUUGACAUAUAUGCUUUGUGUCAGAAACAGACGUUGUUUGAAAAGCAAGUCGAGUUUUAACAUCUCUAUGGCAUGGAUUAUUUUUCUCAUUUUAACUGCGACCAUCUGUAACGGAUAUUUUAUAGCUGAUCAAGAACGACGGCUAAAAAGAGGUCUAUGGAAAUGCAGGAUCUAGCUAGUCCACACAGCCGAGUAAGUGGAAGCAGUGAGUCCCCAAACGGUCCCAACAUCGACAACUCACAUAUAAAUAACAAUUCCAUGACACCAAAUGGCACUGAAGGUGAUAACAUCACUAUGCUUACCACAGCUGACUGGUUGUUAAGUUCUAGUUCACAGUCCGCUGCAGUUAAAACAGAGCCAAUGAGCAGCAGUGAAAUCGCCACCUCUGUAGCAGACGGCUCUCUAGACAGCUUCUCAGGAUCAGCCAUUGGAACCAGUGGCUUCAGCCCAAGACAAACUCACCAGUUCUCUCCCCAGAUUUACCCUUCCAACAGACCCUAUCCACACAUUCUUCCGACUCCUUCCGCCCAAAAUAUGGCCGCGUACGGACAGACACAGUACACCACAGGAAUGCAGCAGGCUACUGCCUAUGGCACAUACCCUCAGCCAGGCCAGCCCUAUGGGAUUCCAGCCUAUGGUCCAUUGUGGGCAGGCAUCAAGACAGAGGGCGGACUGACCCAGGCUCAGUCUCCAGGCCAGAGCGGCUUCCUCAGCUACAGUUCCAGCUUCUCCACACCUCAGACGGGACAAGCACCAUACAGUUACCAGAUGCAAGGAGGCAGUUUUACAACAACUUCAGGGCUGUACGCUGGAAGCAAUUCCCUCACAAACUCAACUGGAUUCAAUAGCACACAACAGGACUACCCCUCCUACCCAGCUUUUGGCCAGAGUCAGUAUGCACAGUAUUACAACAGUAGCCCUUACACUUCUCCAUACAUGACCAGUAACAACACCAGCCCCACCACACCCUCCACCACUGCCACCUACACUUUACAGGACCCUCCAUCAGGGAUCACCAGCCAGCCCCUCUCAGAGCAACCAGCAGGAGAGUACAGUACAAUCCACAGUCCAUCAACCCCCAUUAAAGAUUCAGAUUCAGAUCGAUUGCGUCGGGCUUCAGAUGGAAAGUCACGUGGCCGGGGAAGGAGGAACAAUAACCCAUCCCCACCUCCCGACUCUGACCUUGAGCGCGUGUUCAUUUGGGACUUGGAUGAAACAAUCAUCGUUUUCCAUUCCUUGCUCACGGGAUCUUACGCCAACAGAUUCGGAAGGGUUCCACCAACAUCAGUGUCAUUGGGACUAAGAAUGGAAGAGAUGAUCUUCAACUUGGCUGACACACAUUUCUUCUUCAAUGACUUGGAAGAGUGCGAUCAGGUCCACAUCGACGACGUGUCGUCGGACGACAACGGGCAAGAUCUAAGUACAUAUAAUUUUAGCACAGACGGAUUCCACGCUGCUGCCACUAGUGCCAACCUGUGUCUGGCCACUGGCGUACGAGGAGGUGUGGACUGGAUGAGAAAGCUCGCCUUCCGCUACAGACGAGUAAAAGAAAUUUACACCACCUAUAAAAAUAACGUCGGAGGUCUGCUUGGCCCGGCCAAAAGGGAAGCCUGGUUGCAAUUGAGAGCAGAAAUUGAAGCCCUGACUGACUCCUGGUUAACACUGGCACUGAAAGCACUAACAUUAAUCCACUCAAGAUCAAACUGUGUGAACAUCUUAGUGACCACAACACAGCUCAUACCUGCCCUCGCCAAGGUCCUCCUGUAUGGACUGGGAGUAGUAUUUCCAAUUGAAAACAUUUAUAGCGCUACGAAAAUAGGAAAAGAGAGCUGCUUCGAGAGAGUUAUCCAGAGGUUUGGGAGGAAAGUUGUUUAUGUGGUGGUGGGGGACGGCGUGGAGGAGGAGACAGGGUCGAAAAAGGUAUGA